AUGAACGGCACCGAUUGCGACGAUUUCCGCCUAGCCAGAAAUAAAUCUGAGCAGUUCCGGAAGGCGAGGAAUAACUUCUUUCGUCGAGGCAAUGAGAUUUGUUGCAAAACCGAAGCAGAAAUGCUCGUUCUGAUUAAAAGAAAAGACAAGUUUUAUAGGUUCUUGAGCUCAGGCGACUUGCUCCACGUGUCGGAGGCAGAGAUCGAGGCUAACCUGGCUAUGGCCAGAACUCCUGCGGACAUGCCCGAGGUCACGGUCAAGGACACACACGUACCGGCUGUACCUUUAAAGCGAAGGGCAGAAUCUUCUCUCGUCGUGCCUUUAAAGCGAAAGGCAACAUCUCCUCUGGUUGCGCCUAUAGAGCAAGAGGCUACAUAUUCUCCCGCUGUACCAGAGGAGCAAGGGUCUAUACCUUCUCCAGUCGUGUCUACAAUAAAUCAGCCCGUACCUUCUCUGGCCGUGUCUUUAAGACAAUGGUCUACACCCCCUAUUGUACGGCGUCAAGUGAGCUCCCCUACAUCGUUUAGGGCUAGGCAGAGCAACGUAGGACAUGGACCACUGGUAUCGCUUGCAGCGUCAGCGUUUAGCCGCAUCAAACAAAUGGCAGCAGCCUCGAGUAAUCAAACCUAUCACCCUGGUCGUUAG